CUGUGAAGCUGACAAAAGCAACACUCCUCUACUGAGAACGACAUACAACUCUGAACUUGAAGAUGAAGGCGCUCCAUCUGCUGUGUCUGCUCAUCUUAGGAGGUCAAAGCUCCUCGGCGUGCCCCCAUCCCUGCGCCUGUCAUGGCAGCCAAGUGAACUGCAGCAACAGGUUUCUCACCUCCUCGAACCUCUCCAGCAUCUUCCCAGCUGGCACCGCCGAGCUGCACCUCCACAACAACCGGCUGACAACCCUCCCGAACGGGUUUCUGGACAAACUCCCCGCCCUCCGCCAGGUCUCCUUGCACGGCAACCCUUGGGCGUGUGACUGCGGCGUCCUCUACCUGCGAGCCUGGCUGAGACGUCGGCCCGGAAGUCCCUCGGGCCAACCGCACGUCAACUGCAGCUCCCCUCCCCACCUCAGAGGGAGGCUGGUGGAGUAUCUGACCGAGGAAGAGGUGCUGGACUCCUGCCACUACUGGUACUGUGACCUGGCCUUGGCUUCGCAGGUGAUCCUCUUUGUGUUCGUGCUGGUGCAGGUCGCGCUGCUGGCCGCCGUCAUCGUGUUCCUGAGGAGGUUUGAGAGGCUCUCCAUGGAGGCCACGAGGACCAAGGAGGAGAGCCUCACAGCGGGGGAGCCUCAGAGCGAAUUUGUGGAUUUGCCUUUAAAUAACUGGAGGAGCUGAAAAUGCGGUGUUCAAUACAAAAAUGGUCAAGAAAUGUCUUUCACGUGCAAAACUGUUUCUUGUUAUGUCUGUAUAUACAAGCAUAAUAUAUUUUAUUGACUGUUGCUCUUUUAGGUUUACUCUUAUGUUACUUGCUUUAGUUGUUGUGGAAGUGUUUUUGUUGGUAUAUUGUUAAUUAUCGGAUUUCAUAGUACUUGAUUUGGAAGGCAAAAAAAAAAAAAAAGUUCAGGGUAUACCCCGCCUCUCGCCCAAAGAUAGCUGGGAUAGGCUCCAGCAUGCCCGUGACCCUAGUGAGGAUAAGCGGUACAGAAGAUGGAUGGAUGGAUAUCUCAUUCUGAACACUAGAGGGCACUACAUAAAAGGAAUACAUACAGUAGAUAAGAGAUGAAGAAUAAUGUCGUGUCUGUCUCUUUCUGUUAACUGCAAAAUAGAGUUAGUAAAAAUAAAUACAGUACUACUUCAUGUGUCAAAUAUUGGGAAUUGUUGUGUGACUUUUUA